AACCCUUUUUUGGUUUCGGAAAGAUUCCCAUUCUCGCUUUUAUGUUUCAGUUCAGAGCAAAACGCAGUGCUCAGCAAUGAUGUCGACGCACAUAAAAUCCUAAAACCCUAACCCUAAGAAAAAAUCCCCAAUCUUCACUACCCUCGAUCGAUCUCCACGACGCCAUGGAUGUCGAUCACGAUCAACCUCACACCGCCGCCAACGCCCAGGCGCUGCAGACCCUAACGGCGGGUCCUCUCUCCUCGUCGGUGGCGAAGCUCGCCGCAUCGUCGCGGUGCAUCCCUUCCGACAAGGACUUUCACUUCUACCGUAACUUCGAGGAGUUCAAGGUCCCCGUGGAGGAAAUCGCGCGGGAAUCCCGGUCGAUGCUGGAGGCUAUUGGCGUUGCUGCGGCGGCACACGGUGCAUUCCCCGUCGACGUUGAUGACGCCUAUGACUGGCUUGUGAACGUGAACGACGACAUUUUGGAGCGGUUUGAUGCUUCUGCCGACGAGUUUCGGAAGGUUCGGCAGCAGGAGGAGGAAACUGGGCGUCCGGCGAAGCAUUUGAUGGAGGAAGACGGGUUUCAAUUGGUUUCUGGGAGGAAGAAGAAAGGGGGAAGAGGGAGCGUGACGGCGACAGUGACAACUGAUUCCGAGACAAAGACGGGUUCGGCUUUGGCGAUGCCUGGAGUUACAGUGGCAACGAAGGAUAAGAAGACCACAGGGCCAAGACCAAAGGUUCCGUUUCAUAUACCAACGAUUCCGAGGCCGCAGGAUGAGUACAGCAUAGUGGUUAAUAAUGCUAACAUGCCUUUUGAGCAUGUGUGGUUGCAGAGGAGUGAUGAUGGACUGAGGUUUAUUCAUCCACUGGAAAAGCUCUCUGUUUUGGAUUUUGUUGAUACAAAUGUUGGGGACGUUGUGCCAAUGAAGCCACCCUCUAUAGAAAGCACACCUUUCAAGCUUGUGGAGGAAGUCAAAGAUUUGAAGGAGUUGGCUGCUAAGCUGCGUUCUGUUAAUGAAUUUGCGGUUGAUUUGGAGCAUAAUCAAUAUCGGUCUUUUCAAGGUUUGACUUGCUUGAUGCAAAUCUCAACAAGAACUGAAGAUUUUGUUGUUGACACAUUGAAACUACGUAUUCAUGUUGGGCCCUAUCUUAGGGAAGUCUUCAAGGACCCUGCCAAAAGGAAGGUCAUGCAUGGUGCGGAUCGAGACAUUGUGUGGCUUCAACGAGACUUUGGCAUUUAUGUUUGUAAUUUGUUUGAUACUCACCAGGCAUCAAAGCUGUUAAAUUUGGAGAGAAAUAGUUUGGAGUAUAUUCUGCAUCAUUUUUGUGAAGUUACUGCAAACAAAGAGUACCAGAAUGCAGACUGGAGACUACGCCCACUUCCUGAUGAGAUGCUAAGAUAUGCCAGAGAAGAUACACACUAUUUGCUGUAUAUAUAUGAUUUAAUGAGGACUAAGUUAUUUGCUUUGUCGAAGGAUUCUGAAAAUUCUAAGUCUUCCGACACUCCUUUGGUGGAGGUCUACAAGCGGAGUUAUGAUGUCUGCAUGCAGCUAUAUGAAAAAGAACUUCUGACAGAGAACUCCUAUGUUCAUAUUUAUGGGUUGCAAGGGGCUGAUUUCAAUGCUCAUCAGCUUGCUAUUGUUUCUGGUCUAUGCGAAUGGCGGGAUAUUGUUGCCCGGGCAGAGGAUGAGAGUACAGGAUAUGUAUUGCCAAAUAAAUCUCUUCUUGAAAUUGCUAAGCAGAUGCCUCUCACUACAAGCAAGCUACGGCGAUUGGUGAAGUCAAAACACCCAUAUGUUGAACACAAUCUUGAUACUGUUGUCAACAUUAUUAGGCAUUCUAUUCAGAAUGCUGCUGCAUUUGAAGAAGAUGCUCAACAAUUGAAAGGACAGGCUUACGCUGCAUCGAAUGUAGUACUCAUUACAGAUGGAACUGAAGAUACUCAAUCCCGUACACAAAAUUUAAAGGAAUCUUCUCAGCAUCAAGAUACGAAUGUACCAAUACAAAUUAAGUCCAAUAGUCUUACAUCUGAGCUUCCAAGAGACAGUCUCGCAAUUUCAGAGCAGAGUAAGGAUGCAAAUGUUGGUGCACUUUCUACAGCAAAGGGAAAUGGAGCAACUGUUCAACUGCUAAAAAAGCCUUCUGGUGCUUUUGGGGCGCUGCUGGGGAAUUCGGCUUCAAAGAGGAAGCUUGGUCCUGAUAAGGGCAAGGAAGAGAUGAAGCUAGAGCAGAUUAGAUCUUCAGUUAGCCUUCCUUUCCAUUCUUUUUUGGGAAGCAAUGAGAAGUCAGAACCUUUAGUGAAAACUCCUAGUGUAGCAUCUGAAACAUCAGAACCGCCGAAACUUGUUUUUGAUCCAGUUUCUGCCUCCACUCUAGAUGAGAUUAUAAAGUUAGAUUCUAAUACAGGCGCAGAGGAUACGGAGCAGAAUAACUUAGAGAACUCCAAUGAUGGUCACAGGGAGAAAAGUUAUGUUGUGUCCACUUCAGGGAAAGAGGAUGAAGACGAACCAGUGUCUCUCUCAGAAUUGUCAUCAAACUUCCAAAAAUGCUUUCAUUCAAAUGAUCAAAGUAAUAAAACCAGACAGCCCAAGAAAACUGAACAGCCCAGUGGCAUAUUGCAGCUGAAGCCUUUUGAUUAUGAAGCUGCUAGGAAACAUGUUAAGUUUGGAGAAGACAAAACGCAUGCAUCUUCCCAGAGUUGUGAUGGUCAUAUGGAGAUGGAGGAUUCAGGUAGCAAGAAGCAGCGUUCAACCAUAGGACAGGGACCAGCAAGUGAUUUGACUAAACAACUGCCACAAGGUAGAAGACGGCAGGCAUUUCCUGCUUCUGGGAAUCGUAGUUCAACAUUCCGCUGAGGCAAUGAAAAUAUAGAUGUCAUGUACAAAAUAAACGAGAAAGCCAGAAACAAUUUUGCAUAGUGUUAAAUCCAAGUUAAACAAGAUUAUAUACAUCUCUUAAGUUUACAUCUUAUGAUUAUAAUUUUGCAUAUUCUC